AUGGAGGAGGACAAAUCAACCCUCAAGCGGGCAUCAUCGGCGCCCUCCAUCGCGCAGACUUUCUCACCAUGCCGUGAAGCCCUCUUCAUCACGGUAGUCUGCAUGGCACAAUUCAUGACACAAACAAACGUUGGUGUCUGUCUAUCAAAUCUCGACAUCCUCGGCGAUAGUUUUGGAGUUGCCGACUCCGGCAUCUUGAGCUGGUUCCUGGCCGGGUACUCGCUGACCGUCGGCACAUUCAUCUUGAUAUUCGGGCGAUGCGGCGAUCUCUUCGGCUAUCGACGUAUAUUCCUAUCGGGCUUUAUUUGGAUUGCGGUCUGGUCCUUAGUCGCCGGAUUGAGCGUAUACUCGAAUCAUAUCUUGUUUAUUCUCGCGCGGGUCCUGCAGGGUAUCGGGGCUGCGAUGGUGUUGCCUAACGGCCUGGCCAUUUUGGGUGCAACUUACCCACCGGGUAAAAAGAAGGCGAUGAUUUUUGCGCUGUUUGGUGCCGUGGCGCCGAAUAGCGCGGUAUUGGGCGCAGUUUUUAGUGCGAUCUUCUCGCAGUUAGCGUGGUGGCCGUGGACGUUUUGGAUGCAGUCUAUAGUCGCGGUCGCAUGUGCUGGGCUGGGUCUGUUGGUGGUUCCUUCUAUUCACCAUGAUACCUCUCCCGAUACGAGCACUUGGGUCAACCUAUUCAAAGCGCUCGAUGCCCUUGGCGCGCUCUGCGGUAUCGGUGGACUGGUGCUUGUCAAUAUCGCGUGGAACCAGGCCCCCGUCGCAGGCUGGAGUACUCCAUACGUCUAUGUGUUGCUGAUCAUCGGGUUACUGCUGAUCGCGGGAUUUUUCGUGGUGGAGUUUCGAUUCGCAGAACACCCUUUGAUUCCAUUCCACGCUUUCAGUCGGGACGUCUCAUUCGUGUUGGGCUGUAUAGCGUGUGGAUGGGGCGCGUUCGGAACGUGGAUCUGGUAUUUCUGGCGCUUCCAAAUGGAGUAUCGACACACGAGCCCUUUGCUAGCAUCAGCGGAGUUCGUGCCCGCAGCGCCAAUAGGUAUCAUUGCCUGCUUUGUUACUGGCUUGCUGAUUGCACGAGUCCGGCCCGGGUGGAUCAUGGUGAUGUCUAUGACGGCUUUUACGCUUGGGAAUAUCUUCACGGCAAUCGCGCCUGUGCACCAGACGUAUUGGGCUUUGACCUUUGUGUGCCUGCUGGUAAUUCCCUGGGGGAUGGACAUGUCGUUUCCGGCGGCGACGCUGAUGUUGUCGAACUCCGUGGAGCGGAAACAUCAGGGUAUUGCAGCAUCGCUGGUGACUACUGUUGUCAAUUAUAGUAUCUCGUUGAGCUUGGGCUUUGCGGGGACGGUGGAGGUUCAUGUCAACAGUGGUGGGAAAACGCCCGAGGACGUGCUGAAAGGGUAUCGGGGAGCAUUAUACUUUGCUACGGGACUUGGUGGGUUGGGCAUCCUUCUCAGUGUGGUGUUUACGCUGAAAUGCUAUUGGGAAGAGCAUCGGUCACGGGCCGUUAAUGAUACAGCAACUGAAGAGGGAUCUAUCAGCACGUUAGCCGAAGAUUAA